UCUGGGUUGCUGAAAUCAUCCCCCAAGCCAUUCUGCCCCUCUACCCCUUGUCCCCUCUCAAAAUACCCCCAACACCUUGACAGCCUGCUCUCUCUAUCUUUUGUCAUCCCCCCUUUGUCAAACAUCUGAGUUGGGAGUCACCAUUCGGCCUCUACGCAAGAUUGCAGCAAGAUUCGGUUAGAUGCUGUCAGCCAGGCUUGCAAACAAGAUCCUACCGCUCAUUGUCGCCAUCUUAAGUGCUGGUUUGUACUACCUAUUCAUCAGCAAUCAUGGCCAUUCUGCCCAUGAAUUCCUGGAAGGCUGCCUGCUGAGGUUGGUCCUCUCUAUACUCCUCUCUAAGUGGCCCAUGCGGACAAGCCGUUCGCUUACCUUGCCCCCCUCCUCAGAAAAUGAAUCCAAAUUCCUCCAAUGUGCUUCCUCUCCAGCACACCAAUCUAGUAACAAGUGACUAGAUUCUGGCUGUCUCAUUAUUAUCUCUUCUUACUCACUGGUUUUACACCAUCUUGCUACUUUAUCAAAGCUUUAUCAAGUG